CGGCAUCUGGAAUUCGCAGAGUUGCCGGCAUCUUCAAAUUGACAGAUCUCGCCGUAAAGUGUUCAAACGCAUCAUGGAGGACGUCUCGCGAUCGACCCGGAAGGCGUAUACUUUUGUGGGAUUCUCGAAGAAAUCCUAUUGGUACAGAGCCAAACUGGAUGAGUUCCCAAUCAACUACAUCUGCUUAGUCUGUCAAUGCGUGACCCCGAAGCUCAACACGCUGCCUUGCGGCCAUUGGACUUGUGACCUGUGUUUGAAAGGCAUGACGUUCAGGGAGAAGACGCUCUCGCGGAAGAUGUUGAAAUGCGCGCUCUGUAGGAAGACUUGCGACGAAGUCAGCAUGACGACCAAGGUUGCCAAGAGCGACAUUCAGAAGAAAUCCGCUCACUGCGCCCAAACAGGAUGCAAUUUCUCGGGUUCGCUCCGCGACAUCAAGAGACACAGUCCAUUCUGCGUAACUAAGACCAUGGUGAAGUGUGUCGGCUGUGAGAACCUCCUCAGACGUUCUUCUCUCUCGAGACACCUCCGCGACCAAUGUAGCGUUGAUGCCUCUCUGCCGACACCCUCUCCCCCUUCAUCCAAUGGAAGACGGCCUCUCGCGGCUUGGGAAUAAACGAGUUCGUGGCUAGUCCGACUCUCGGGUUGAGUCAUUCCGUCCUCGCUCCAAAGGACACGGCGGGAAGAGCCGUGGUGUUCCCGCACCAAAUAAUUACUUCACGACUCAAUGGUUCCCAUCCACGAUCGUGAUAAGGAUAAGAUUGAUCCCUCGAGCUUCACACGUGACACUCAUAAACUGAGCGGGCUU